AUGUUGGAGGACGAAUGCGGUUACAAAUUAUCCUUACAUUAUCGAGAAUUUGUUCCUGGUAGAAGAAUUGAAGAUAAUAUAAUAGACUCCAUAUACGACAGUCGUCGCAUUGUGACCAUUGUUACUCCAAAAUUCCUCGAAAGUGAAUGGUGCAAAUUCGAAGUCGAUCAAGGACUUCGUCGCGCUAUCGAAAAGCCGAACACACUAGUUGUCGUUAUGUUGAUCGAAAUGCAGAAAGUACAAUUGCCAAAAUCGCUUCAAUCGUUCAUUUCGGAUGUCACUUUUCUUCAGUGGGAUGAUAGAAAACGAGAUGAAAUGCGCAAACAAAUGAGGAGUGCUUUAGGAAAGCCUUGUACUCUAAAUGAUACUGAUGGACAUGGAGAAAAUGGAAUUGGAUUUGAAAUGGAAGAGAGGAAUGCUAUGGAAGAGAGGAAUCCUGACAACAAUAAGCUGCAAGAGAAUGGCAAGGAAUGUGAUCCAUCUAGUCCGCACGUGAUUUGGUCGGAGAAUGCGUAG